AUUUCUCCUUGACAAAGUAAAGACGUGGAUGGCUUGAAGAAAGCCACAUUACGGCUUUCAUGCGAUCUUCUUAYARCCUGUGAGCAUUUCUAAACCAGUUUUCAUACAUUUGGUGCAUUGCUAUCGCGGUCAGUUUGUUACUAUCGCGAAGGAAGGACUUACCUCGUCGAAAUGAACAAAUUAGGACUGGUAACUUUCGCUGUCUUGUUCUUCUGUGUUGACUUUAUGCCACUGAAGGAUAUUGCGAAACACUUUAUAGUGAAACGAAGUGACAAUAGUACAGCCGAUGGUAACUCAUCAAUGCCAUGUAAUGAAACACUUGGUAACUGCAAUAAYCUAACUUCAAACAACUUCACAAAGAGAGAAAAUCUUACAACCUCUGUGAACAUCACUGGGGGGAGAAUAAAUUUGACAGAGCUGUGUCAACACAACGUAACGUGGAAUGUACAUUGCAAUGGCAGCUUGGUGAACCUAACUGAACACUGCAAUAACGCAAGUGUGAAUAGUAUUGUGUUGCAUUGUGUUAAUGAAUCUAGUAAYGUAUCGUUAUCGACCAGUAACGAUACAGUAUCUACACCAAAUGCAACACUCAACUCGUCUUUGACAGUCAACUCUACCAUUACYAACAUAACUGCUGUGAACGGUACCUUUACCUUAUCUCCUACAAAUGCAUCAACAACACUGACACCAAGUUUGUCCAGAGCACCUUCUACUUCUAUUGUMCAAGCAACAUCCAUUACUCYAGYGGUAUCAGCAAUUACAAGCUCAUCUGUACAAGUUACAAUUUCGACAGUUGAGCCUUCAUCAACAUUAACUCUGAUAACACARCAGUCAACUACUGCUACAACUAUGAAAACAAYACCCAAGCCAACUACAUCAACRACACCUCAAUCUACAACACCUCAAACAACUACAUCUCAAUCAACUUCUACACCAUCAACUACUUCGCAAUCAACAACAUCUAAGCCAACUGAACAAAUUUYGACUACACAUGAGAUUACAACUAAUGAACCCACAACAACAAAAUCAACAACAACAAAGAUAACCACAGAAUCCGUGAAAGAAACACAUACCAAGGAAACAACAAAAGAAGCAGCUACUGAUGCAUCAACUUCAACAGAUGUUGUGACAAAAAUGGAAAAUCCCUACAAUAGUGCUAAGAACAUCAAGUUCUUCUACGUCAAUGUGCUUAUUCCAGUUGGUAUUGGUGUUUGUGGUGCACUCUUGAUUGCCUUUAGUGUUCUCUUGUUCAAGUGUUGCAGAAGAAACAAAGUCAAGAAAGUGAGAUAUUUUGGAAAGCCAYGUGGUUACUCAAAGAACAAUAUGGAUCACAUGAACUUGCUGGCCAAUUCAAGUGAUGAAGAGUAACUGUGUUAAGACUUGAAAACAAAUUMUUGGAAGAAGACAACAAAUCCUCUCUAUGGUGGCUCCUGAGGGCUCAGUGGUUGACAUAUUGUUUGAUAACGUGAUGUUUUUCUAACAUUUUUUACACUAGAACAUGAUUAUCAAUGAUUACAGAAGUAGCUGAGAAUACAGGAUUCUUUAAUUAUUCUUUAUAUAAAUAUGUAUAUUUACCUAGAACAUAAUACAUUUGAAGAAUAAGAAACUAUUUAAAAUACUCUCUUUUAAUAUUUAAGGAUUUUCAUUAGCUAAAACUGACAACAACUGUAUGUUAGCAAUAUCUUUAAAAAAAGGAUGACUAGUAAGGUUAGUUUUCCACUGAUGUARAAUAUUAUCUUAUUUAAAUUACGCUGUUGUGACAUUUUCUUUGUACAAUCGUGCCUACAAUACUUGAUUUAUUAGUUUAUCCUUACUUUUCAUGCUCAAUAAACAAAUUAUUGUUGUUAGUUUAUACAUGUAUUUUAUUUUUUAGAAUAAAGCUGUAUUUGAAGCACUG